GCAAUGGGUGGUUACAUUUUCAUUGUGCUGUAAGCUGACUGGAACAUACCUCCAGGCAGCUUUUCUCUUAGCCUUUGUUACAAGCCUGGCAACAAUAAAAUUUUAGAGAAACAAGAUUAAACUAUCAACUGUGAAAAUGGGAGGUUCAGCUUCAAAGGAGUUUGCUGGAGAUAUGUUAAGAGCUCACAAUGACUACAGACGGAAGCAUGGCUGCCCCCCGAUAAAACUGGACAAUAAAUUGAACCAUGAAGCACAACAGUAUGCAGAUGCACUGGCUACUACAAAGGUUCUCAAACAUAGCUCAGAAUCCAGUAGGGGAAAUUGUGGAGAAAAUCUAGCAUGGGCUUCCUAUGAUCAACCAGGACAGGAUGUGUCUGACAGGUGGUAUAGUGAAAUGAGAAAUUAUGACUUUAAGAGUCCAGGAUUCACCCCAGAAUCAGGACAUUUUACAGCAAUGAUAUGGAAGAACACAAAGAAGAUGGGGGUUGGAAAGGCCGCUGCAAAUGAUGGUUCUUCCUAUGUGGUUGCCAGAUACUUUCCAGCUGGAAAUAUUGUCAAUCCCGGUUUCUUUGAAGAAAACGUCCCUCGUCCUUCAAAGAAAUAAUUUUGAAAAUGCAAACAUUAAUUGUGGACUGCAGAGUGUAACAGUAAAAUGCCUAUGAAAUCUAAAGCUUGAUGCCCCUAUUUACCUGUCACUUUGACAGCACGCACUCUAAUACACAUUAUGAGUGUAAAUUGACUUAAGAAGGCUUAAAAUAAGCAUUUAAUCAUCUGGUACAGUUACUUGGACUAUCAUUAUGUGAACUUUGUAUAAAAAAAAGUAAUCAUUUCUUGUAAUGUUUUUAAGCAGAUUGGUUGUAUAUUUUCCUCCUAUACCAUGUCUAGUACUCUGUUUUCUAAAUUUCCAUUAUUUUGAAAACAACUGAAGUCUUACAUUUAUCUUUAUGCAUUAUAGUUUUGUAUUAUUAUGAAUAUUUAAAAUGAUAAAAAAAUCAAACACCAUAAGAUUAAUUCAUUUUAACUGAAAUCAAUUUUUGGUUUUAAAAUUAUAAAAACAUUGCAACAUGAAUUUAUCAUCUUUGUAAACGUUGAUAUGAGCCGUAAGCUAAGUGCAUUCCCAGUGUGACUUUAAAGAUACAAAAUCUAUGGCAAACUUCACUUCCUCUUACACCUCCUAAUUUUUUAAAAAGAAUAUAUUUUUUUAAUAUUUCAGACCACCAUCAAGUGGGUCACAGCACAGUGUGGACACUGGAUUUGGGUGAUUCCUGUGUUCGUGGCUAAAACUUAUCAUAUGAGCCUAUAUAUUGGCAUUCAUACUUUAAUAUUUCCAGGCUCUACACACCCCCUUCUUUGACACAGAUUACAACUCAUCUGUGACAUAGUGGACAGUCUCCAUGAGUUUCUGUGCCUUCAAAAUUUAGCACUUGAUGAGUAACCUUUUAGCUAUAAGCCAGGCUGGGCUUGGACAGUGGAAAUACAGGCCACUUCCUUACUCUAAGCUUUUCUAGUUUGGCAAAACUUGCCUUCAAGAACCCAAGGUCACUUAAGUGCCCACACAUCAGAGGAAGACUUUAGUGAAUGAUUAACAUGUAUACAAAUGUAUGUGUAUAUGUAUACGUGCAUGUAGCAUAAAACUUUGAACAUAGUAAUUUCCCCGUCCACAAUUUCACAUUUCCUUGAACUUGACUGUGACCUUGGAUAAGCCUUCUUAGGCAGACUUGGAUGACUUUGGUGGGAUUUGAAGGAUUAUAAACUGUCUCCUUGCUAUAGCCUCUGAAAUAAGCUAUCUCAAAGCAGGAAAUGAGCAAAAGCAAUAUUUCUGGCAGAUCUGUAGUAUUACAGUUGUGCUAAUAUUGCCUCCAGGAAUUAUGUCAUACUGGCACAGCUUAAAGAUCAUAAUAAAAAACACAUUUCUUUGAGAGAUUUUAGCAUAGACAAUCCUGUGUUCUUUAGUUGGUUCAGUAUUUAUAUUUGUGAAGUAUUUGCCUUAAGGUUAAAAUAUAAGUGCAUUUAUUGAGCAUCACAUAAAUUCAAGUACUGCAGCAAAUUAAUUAAAAAGAACAUUCCUAAAGAGUAUAUUCUAGAACUUGAUGUUGUCUACUAUUUCAGUCAUCUCUCCUUUGAAAAAUUAGCUGUAGAAUUUGAGGUUGGUAUUUAUAAGUUCCAACUUAGAGUAAGUUUGAGUAGAAACAAAUUCUGUUUACAGUAUUCUGAUGUCUUACGUUGUCAAAAUUGUUGUUGUUUUUUUAACGCUAAUUCAUUAUUCCUAAUGUGAUCCAGGGAUAUGAUGUUAUGGAGAACAUUAGAAAAUAA